CGUUGAGGGUUCCUUUUCACACUUUCAAAAUGGUGAGUGGAUCGUUCACGGCAUUAUUGCCUGUCUGCCGUCCUGCACCCAGGACACUCGCAGCUCCGGUCCGCUGCAUCGCUGAGCCACUUCUUGGCGACGCGCAAAAAGUGAGCAAUGGGAAGGCGCCAGCGACGCUCGAUCUCAGCAAAUCCCCCUUUUCCACAUACGAACCGGAGCCCUGGACCAUGGCCUACGCCCCGAUCGAGGAGGCGAACACACCCCCCUCAUCUUGGUACCUCAGCCCCCAGGUGGCUGAACUGGAGAAGGUUGCCAUUUUCCACAACAACUGGCAGAUGAUCGGGCACGCGAGUCAGGCGCCCAACGCUGGCGACUACUUCACAGGCAGCGUGGCCGACAUCAACUACGUCGUUGUGCGCGGGGAGGACGGCCAGCUGCGCGCAUUCCACAAUAUCUGCCGACAUAAGGCUGCGCCAGUGGCGGAGGGCAGCGGCUGUGUGCAGAUGUUCGAGUGCAUGUACCACGGCUGGCAGUACGAUCAUGAGGGGCGGUUCAGGGGGGCGACGAAGCUGAAGGGCAUCAAGAAUUUCAAGGCCCAAGACUACGGCCUCGUGCCCAUCCGGCUUGACACCUGGGGCCAGUUUGUCUUCAUCCUUGCAGACCCCACCAGCGAGAGGGGCAGCGUAGCAGACUGGCUGGGAGAGGGCGGGCGCAAGAUGGAGGCAUGCGACAUGAAGGCACCAGACCUUGUGCACGUGCGAACGGUGCCCUACGACCUCGACUGCAACUGGAAGGUCUUCAACGACAACUACCUCGACACGUGCUACCACUGCCCGUUUGCGCACCCGGGCCUAUGUGAGGCGCUGGACAUGGACGAGUACCACAGCGUCUGCUACGAGCACAACUCCUUCCAGUUCUCUCCGCUCGCGCCGCCCGAGGAACGGCCGCAGGAGGGCGGCGAGUGGGACACCAUCACCGCCAACCGCAUCGAGGGCGACGGCCGGGGCCCCAGCUACACAUUUGUGUACCCCAACAUCAUGGUCAACCGCUACAGCCUCUGGAUGGGCACCAUGCGGGUGUUGCCUCUGGGUGAGAAGAAGACAAAGGUGCUGAUGGACUACUACGUGCACACCUCCAAGGUGGAUGACAAGGAGUGGAUUGACCAGGUGGUGAUGGGCGAGGACAUUGUGCAGAGGGAGGACAUGCACAUGUGCGACCUGGUGCAGAAGGGCCUCGCGUCCCCUGCCUAUGAUGUCGGCAGGUAUGCACCGUCUGUGGAGGAGCCGGUGUUCCACUUCCACAAGCUGGUGCACAGAGACCUUGUGGGGCAGUAAAGAAGAACAAUGGCAGGGUAGAGAUCUCCAACUGGAAUCUCUUUGUAAAGUACAUAUGAUUCCCCGUUAAGCAAGUCAAUCAAGUUACAGCCUGGCAGGAUGGUCUAACAGAACAGUAUGUGUACAAUGUGACGGCUCUUUAUCAUAUGAGAGAGCUUUGGCGAGGGUCUGCAUGCAUGAACAUCUGUCCAUGGAAUGAUGAAUGAUGGAAGCUCCUCUGGCGCUUUUCUAUGACGUCAAGAUUUGAUACUUUGAAUUCACCAAAACGAGGACCCUGAACUUGCAUUAGUAAUCCAACAUUUCAGCGACAACAUUGACUCACAUGCUGAUUACGGCAGCAUUCUUCUUCUGAAGCUUCAUGGCAAUCGUGUGUGAAUUUGUCAACUGUCAUGGUCUCCCAGAGGAUCGUCACACUUCUAACAUUUAAGCAACAUAU